AGCAACAACUGCUGCACCCACCUUAACAACAACUGCACCAACAUCAACCAUUCUAUCAACAACUGCACCAACAUCAACAUCUGCCACUCUACCAACAACUGCUACACCAACCUCAACAUCAACUGCACCAACAUCUACCACUCUGCCAACAGCUGCUGGAGCAACCCCAACAUCAACUGCACCAACAUUUACCACUCCAUCAAUAACAACUGGACCAGUAUCUACCACUCUAUCAACAACUGCACCAACUUCAAAAUCAACUGCUCCAACAUCUACCACUCUGCCAACAACUGCUGCACCAACCUCAAUAACAUCUGCUGUACCAACUUCAACAUCAACUGCACCGACAUCUACCACUCUGCCAACAUCUGCUGUACCAACCUCAACAACAUUAACUGCACCAAAAUCUACAAGUCUGCCAACAUCUGCUGCACCAACCUCAACAACAACUGCACCAACAUCUACCACUCCAUCAAUGGCAACUGUACCAACAGUUACCACUCUGUCAACAACAACUGCACAAAUAUUUACCACUCUAUCAACAAGUGCUUCACCAACCUCAACAACAACUGCAGCACCAAUGUCAACAUCAACUGCACCAACAUUUACCACUCUACCGACAACUGCUGCACCAACCUCAACAUCAACUGCACCAACAUCUACCACUCCAUCAACAACAACUGCACUAACCUCAACAUUAACUGCAUCACAACAACUAUACCAACAUUUACCACUCUGUCAACAACUGCACCAACAUCUACCACUCUACCAACAACUGCUGCACUAACAUCUACCACUCUACCAACAACUGCUGCACCAACCUCAACAAAAACUGCACAAACAUCCACCACUCUAUCAACAACUGCACCAACAUCAACAUCUACCAAUCUACCAACAACUGCUGCAACAACCUCAACAUCAAACGCACCAACAUCUACCACUCUACCAGCAACUGAUGCACCAACUUCAAUAACAAAUGUACCGACAUUUACCUCUCUGUCAACAACAACUGCACAACAACUAUUGUGCUCUACAUUUAACUGUUUAACUAAAUUUGAUGAAUUUUGUUCAAAAAUUUUUGUCUGUACCAACAACUGCUGCACCAACAUCUACCACGCCAUCAACAACUGCUGCACCAACUUUAACAUCAGCUGCACCAACAUAUUCCACUCCAUCAUCAGCAACUGCACCAACCUCAACAUCAACUGCACCAACAUCUAUUACUCUACCAACAACUGCUGCACCAACCUCAACAGCAACAGCACCAACUUCUACUAA